AUGAACAACGCAAGCCGUGUCCGUCAGGAGGAACAACGUAAACUUGACGAAUAUGAGCGCUCCCGUGCAACACGCAUCCAGGAUACACAGAUGCAAGGGAUGGAGAGGAAGAUGGCGAGAUUACAAGACCUCAGCCACCGGCUCACCGUUUCUGGGCUAACAACUAUCUGUGGGGGCAUACAAAUGCAUACGAACAAACAGGCUGCGAUUAUGACGAUGAUGUUCCUCAGCGUUAAAAAGACCCCUGCGACACAGGAGCCCAUACAUUGCAGACCAGGACAAUACCUGGACCGUAUCACUAAUCAGCCGGCCGCGAAGGUUGAACGCCUGAAGGACAAGUUCUUUAAGGUUUGGAUAAGUCCGGCCCCACCAAAGUUCAUUUCGGAUGUCAUGUUUAAGGUCAUGCCGCUGCCAGGGGCCCUCUCUAUCCGGCGUGUAUACGGCACAACGGAUCCUUUUCAGAGCGGAGUUUUCACCCGGAAGGUGGAUGCCAUGUACCGGGUGAGCAAUGCGGAGGAAAGGAACCCCACGAGUCUGUCAGUCGCUUCCUGUGGCCUCGCCCGUAAAAACACCAGAGCAGUGCCGACUGAGGAUAAGAAUUUCUGCUUGACGGUCGAUUAUUCUAUGCAUAACCCUUACAUGCAUAACCUGCCGGUGACGCUGCCUACGGAGGACGACACGCUGAACCAUGCACGAGCGGAAGAAAUAGACAACGCACCGCUCUCACAGUUGGCAUUGGAAGCCGCGAAAUUGCAUAUCUUCGACCAGACAGACCUCAUAAUGGGCCUGAAAGCGCUGGCACCGCAAUUCUCCGCCGAGGCAAUACAACCAACGGAUGCCGACGAAGUGGGCUCAGGGGUCCCCGCCCCACGCUUUAUGACACUCCAUCACACGGGGACGUAG